AUGUCAGGGCAAGAUGAAGAUGAUUCAGCAAGACUCCAGGAGAAGCUUCUGUCUACCCAGAGCUCAGGCACCCUUCCCUCAGAGGCUGAUCCAAGCAGCAGUGCGUGGCUAGACGGUGAGGCUGUAGGGGUACACGGUGUGUCCAGUGGCAAUCGAGGUGAUACGUUGUACAAGAAGAAUGGGGCCUCAAAGAAACAAGAGCCCUUAGCUGAUAUAGAUCCAGACAGGUGUUACAGCUGGCUGCUUGCUCCCGGUGAUGGAACAGCUAGUGGCAAAAGGAGCCGGAAUGACAGCGAGGCCAGCAUUAGUUCUAGCUCCAGCUCUUCCCUUCCGAUGCCACAGGCUCCUGAUGGGGGUUGGGGCUGGUUUGUUGUUUUUGGAGCAUUCACGGUAACGCUGAUCUGUGAUGGCUUGUCUUACUGUUUUGGUGUUCUGUACGCAGAGCUGCUGGUUCAGUUUGAGGAGAGUCGUAGCAAGACCUCUUUGGUGGGGAGCAUCUUUUUUGGUGUGGCUAUGAUUUUAGGCCCGCUAGCCAGUGCUCUGACAACCCGCUUUGGCUGCCGCACCAUGACCAUCUUUGGAGGCCUGCUGGCAUCUUUGGGGUUAUUUUUAAGUUUCUUUGCAACAUCUAUUGAAAUGCUGUGUUUCACUUUCAGCGUCAUUGUCGGGACGGGAUUUUCAUUUUGUUACAUAACCAGUGUUGUCAUUGUGGCAUUUUACUUUGAUAAGAGACGGGCACUUGCAACAGGCUUGGCAGUUUGUGGGACUGGAGUGGGUACUUUCACCUUUGCUCCAUUGAUGGACUACUUAAUUGUUGAGUAUGGUUGGAGGGGGCUGUUUCUCAUAAUGGCAGGGAUAAGCUUGAAUCUAGUUGUCUGUGGCAUGCUGUUCAGACCUCUGCAGUUUACAGAAAGCGAGAGAUGGGAGAUGCUCUUGGAAGAAUUUAAUAAAAUUCCUUUCAGCAGGGAGGAUAUAGAAUUGUCUAGAAACCGGUAUCAGACAGACUCUAGCGAAAGUAACUCGGAUGACGAGUCACUGGAUGAAGAGCAAAGGACGCUAUCCAUGCUGAGUCUACCGACGUUUGUCACAACUGAAUUACUGCACGGCCCAUCUUCUGUGCUCAUGGAAGCACUGAAGAACAGCAGAAACCCUCAUCACACACUACAGAGAUACAUGAGGAAUGCAAUGCUGCAGAGUGAUCACAACAACUCUGAACAAAAGUCAGAGGAAGUUGACAGUCCUGUAUGCGGCUCUCCAACGACGGAUACUUCAGAAAUCAAAUACGGAAUGGCUGUAGAGUCAGAUACAGAUACUGCUUUGGGCAGUGUGCCUGCAUCCUUACCCGAAGAGAGUUUUUCCAAAUUGAGCAUGUCACCCAUUUGUCACACGAAAGAUAUACUACAAGAAACAUCAUUUUCAGACAGAAUCACAACCACUAGUUUUUCACUCCCUAAAAUUACAGACAAAUUGAUAACCAUAACACCCAGAACUAAAAAGAACACAAGACAAAUUCAGGAUGAGAAGGAGCAGAAUGGCAAAACAUUGGAAGGGAAGAACCAUGCUAAGGGCACAGACAAUCAACACCAUAAACGACAUGAGUUCUCAGGCAUGAGCAAUAUUUUGACUGAUAAGGGCUGUGAAAAGGAAGCAAAAUCUGUGGUGAAGAGGAUAGGUGGGGUGCACAUUGGGCGGCACAAUGCUUUGGGUAUACACUUGCCUUUAUAUAGAACAGAUAUUUUCUACAGGCGCCUUCUGAAGAAUGUCCCACUUCACAAGCGAUACACACUUGGCACCAGCUGCCCUGAAAUGGUAGAAUCUAUUGCCCCUGAAGCGGAAAAACAUUUCAUAAUUCAGGCGCUGUUGAAUUUCCUGGAAGAAUCGAGCGAUAUAAUGAAGAGCAUGGUAGAGCUAAGAUUAUUCCUCAACCCCUUUUUUAUAGUCUUUGUAAUAUCGAACUUCCUGUUUUACUUUUGGAGUGAUGUCCCUUAUAUGUACGCAGCCGACCAUGCCAUGGACAAUGGGAUAGAUCAGCAGAGAGCAUCCUUUCUUCUGUCCGUCGUCGGUAUAUUUAACACGAUUGGCCAGAUGGUGUUUGGUUACAUUGGCGACAUGAACAUCAACCUGCUGAAUGUCUACGCCGUUGUUUCCUCCAUAGCAGGUCUGUUUGUGGCAGUGAUUCCAUUGAUGGGCAACUACAUCUGGUAUUCUGUGAUGUACGCUUUGUUUGGCUUCUUCAUAAGUGUCAGCUAUCCCUUGACCACGGUUUUGUUGGUCCAGUACCUUGGAGUGGGCAAGUUGACCAAUGCCUAUGGUCUGCUUAUGCUGGUCCAAGGGAUUGCUAAUUUUCUGGGACCUCCGUUGGCAGGAUGGGUGUCUGAUGUGACUGGAAACUAUGACUCCACUUUUUAUUUGAGUGGCUUCUUCUAUGCUGUAUCUGGGGUGGUGCUGUUCGUUAUGUAUUUUCCAAAGUGUCGAGAGCAUGUCAGGUCUCGUCGGAGUUCCUUGGAUUCAUCCAUUGAGGUGCCAUAA